AUACAGUUUAACAGACUUUACAAACCCUUAGGAGUAAUACAUCGUAUUCACCGACCAGACUUAAGCCAGCCUUUAGGAGUGAAACAUCGAGCUGGUAUUCACAAACAAGACUUAAGCCAGCCUCUAGGAGUGAAACAUCGAGCUGGUAUUCACAGACCAGACUUAAGCCAGCCUCUAGGAGUGAAACAUCGCGCUGGCAUUCACAGACCAGACUUAAGCCAGCCUCUAGGAGUGAAACAUCACGCUGGCAUUCACAAACAAGACUUAAGCCAGCCUCUAGGAGUGAAACAUCGAGCUGGUAUUCACAGACCAGACUUAAGCCAGCCUCUAGGAGUGAAACAUCGAGCUGGUAUUCACAGACCAGACUUAAACCAGCCUCUAGGAGUGAAACAUCGAGCUGGUAUUCACAGACCAGACUUAAGCCAGCCUCUAGGAGUGAAACAUCGAUCUGGCAUUCACAGACCAGACUUAAGCCAGCCUCUAGGAGUGAAACAUCGCGCUGGCAUUCACAGACCAGACUUAAGCCAGCCUCUAGGAGUGAAACAUCGAGCUGGCAUUCACAGACCAGACUUAAACCAGCCUCUAGGAGUGAAACAUCGAGCUGGCAUUCACAAAUCAGACUUAAGCCAGCCCUCAGGAGUGAAACAUCGCGCUGGCAUUCACAGACCAGACUUAAGCCAGCCUCUAGGAGUGAAACAUCGCGCUGGCAUUCACAAACAAGACUUAAGCCAGCCUCUAGGAGUGAAACAUCGAGCUGGCAUUCACAAACCAGACUUAAGCCAGCCUCUAGGAGUGAAACAUCGCGCUGGCAUUCACAAACAAGACUUAAGCCAGUCUCUAGGAGUGAAACAUCGAGCUGGCAUUCACAAACCAGACUUAACCCAGCCUUCAGGAGUGAAACAUCGCGCUGGCAUUCACAGACCAGACUUAAGCCAGCCUCUAGAAGUGAAACAUCGAGCUGGCAUUCACAAAUUAGACUUAACCCAGCCCUCAGGAGUGAAACAACGAGCUGGCAUUCACAAACCAGACUUAACCCAGCCUCUUGGAGUGAAACAUCGAGCUGGCAUUCACAAACCAGACUUAAGCCAGCCUCUAGGAGGGAAACAUCGAGCUGGCAUUCACAAACCAGACUUAAGCCCGGCCUUCAGGAGUGAAACAUCGCGCUGGCACUCACAAGCCCGAGCUAAACCAAUCCCCCAGAGGAAAACACAACGCUGUCCUUCACAGAUUAGACAAACUAGCCUUCGGGAGUGAAACACCAAAUAAGCUUUCAUACACCGGACUUGAACAGACCCUUAGGUAUAUGACAUGAUUGUAUUUGCAGGACAUAUAAACAGGGCUUGAGCUAAAGACACACCAUUACAUGAUCUUUAAGACAGACUACACACACCCAGUGAACAAGAUAUACGCCUUAGAGAUCCAGAUUUCAAAAAUAAGGUAGACAUUGAUCAGAAAACUGGGAAAGAUCAGAUUUGGGGAAUUUUUGAUAUUCGUUUUAAUUAUAAAAAAAAUGUUAGGAAAAAAAAAAAUGAAGGGUGACGCUUUAUAAAGGGUUGAGUUUAAAUGAAUUUAUUGAAUUGAGAGACGCCGACGUGUGAAUCGAAAGCAUUUGAGGAAUGUUUAACCUUUGAAUUGUGACGAACGGUUUAUUAAAGAUGCUCUUGUUAUUAGGGUUACGCGAGAGUGUGUAUAGAGGAUGAAAAUAUAUGGAUAAAGGCGAAAAAAGGAAUAGUGAUGCGUAGAUAAAGGGAAAAAAAGAAAGAAAGAAAAAACACACGGAAGGAAAUAUGCAGAAAUAUUGAAAAAGUGAAAUUUUGGUAGAAUAAAAGACUGGAAACGAGAAUUUGCAUGAACAACGGAUGAAAAAAAAAAAAAAAAAAAAAAAAACGGAUAUUUUAAUGAAAGUAAAACUGACGUUGAGAGACAGAAGCAAGCUCGUAUGCAUGAGUGUGUGUUGUAUUUCUGAAUUAUAACUUGACUGCAUUUACCAUCAGAAUGCUGUAUGGUUAAUUAAACAAGUCUUGAUUGGUUGUUCGGUUAAGAUGUUGAAUCUGUCGGUAAAUAACGAUUUUUUUUUUUUUUUUUUUUUUUUUUUGUGACAGGAAGCACAUAGUAGUUGUGAGAUAUAAUACAAAAAUAAGUGUAACAGUCCAGUAAUUUAAUAAGAUUCACGAACUGAGCAAGAAUAUAUCUAAAGUAUAAUCUGUAUGACGCUUACAACGUUAUUGAAUAUUGAAAAUGGAAAUAUAAGUGCGAUUAGCGGAAGGUCAUUAAAGUCAUUAACACUAAUGAUACAAUCAAAUCAAAGUAAAAAAAAAAAAAAAAAAAAAAAAAAAAA